GAAUCCAAGAUGGCUCCUCCUCGCGUUCCGCCGUCCCGAAAGAAAGACGAUUUAAAAGAUGAUGCAGCUACGGAUGAUGGAGAUUUCUUUCAAUUCGCUUCAUUACCACUCUCAAUUGCCAUAGUAAUUCUAUUGAUUUUUUACUGGUUUGUUUGCUACGAUAUAGAUGCUAUACCUUUGCAUGUCCUGGGACCCUUUGGACAGUUUGUGUCAUAUUUGGCAAGCAAUCAUUUAAAAGAACUGAGACUUGGUUUUAGAUUUACACUGAUGGUCCAUAUCCUGGAAGCUGGCUUUGCUUACAGAAUAAGCAGGAGGAUGAUGUUUUCACGUGCGACAAGUUUCAAAUGGAUGUUUCAAACUGCUGUUCUUGGCUUUCCAUCUCUGGGCAUCUUGCUGAGGCGCCGGAAGGAGAGAGAACUCAAGAACAAAAAGAAAAGCUAAAGAAGUGAUUUUCUUUCAGCCUGCCAGUUAAAUCGUAGUCUUGCAUUGUAAACCCUGUGACUUCACUGGGCAAUUAUCACUAUCAUUGUUAUCAGCAAUCAUGCUGAAGACAUUGACAGACUUAGAAAAUGAAUUUACCCUCGCAAUUAUAACAGACUCAUUUAGU